UUUUCAUAGUUACAAGUGAGCGCUUUAUGCAAGCCGAGUUAGUAUGUAGUAGCCUAUCAAAUCCAACUUUUCCUCUUACUCUGCGGUGAUAUGACAGAUUAACUCAGCAUGUCGGUGGAAAACUCAAAUUCGUUUAAGUUCACCUUCCAGUCAUCUGUGCACAGUUCCCAUGUUCUGCAAUGUCUGAAUGAGCAGAGGAAGAAAGAUCUUCUGUGUGAUGUGACUGUUGUGGCAGAGACCCAGAGUUAUCGGGCCCACCGGGCAGUUCUGGCAUCCUGCAGUGAUUAUUUCAGCGCUCAUGUGUCCAGUCAUACAGCUGAAGGAAUUAUCAUCAACCUUCCUGAUGAGGUUACCUCAGAUGGAUUCGAACCCUUGCUGGACUUUGCCUACACCUCAAAACUCCUCUUUACCAAAGAGAACGUGCUGGAAAUCCGUAACUGUGCCUCUGUUCUUGGUUUCAAGAACUUGGACAAAGCCUGCUUUGACUUCCUUCUCCCCAAGUUCUUUGACAGCAGCAGAAGUGGAUCAAAAGUCCAGAGGAAGUGCUGCAAAACCAAAUGCUGCAAAUCACGAGGGGCUGAAUUGAGCUCGAAUGACAAGGAUGAUGUUAUUGAUGAAGACAAAUCAUUACUUCAGCCUUCACAGCUUCAGCUUAAAGUCAAAGAGACAUCUUGUCCUCCUUCGGUGGCCAUUGAGGACGUGGGAAAAAGCUGUCACAGCCAAAAAGACACAGAUUACUCCCUCCUGUGCCCAAAGUACCGGAAGUUUCAAAUAGCUUGUGGGAAGGAGCGAUCCUGUCUGGAUGUUUGCAGCUCAAAACCCAUGUCCCUUGACAGGACAGAAGGCAACUGUCCUUUAAGCUGCCUACCUCACUCAAACAAUGAAGACGGCAAGGAGGUCUUUUCAUGCGAUAAGACACCUCUCACUGGCGAUGAAGAUUCUCUUCUGCCUGAAUGUUGUUCCCCGAAUCCUGGUCCUUGCACAGGCCAGCCAUCAUUUCCAACCUGUAAUGACUUGGCACAAUCCAUUUGUGACUCAGGAGACUCUGCAAAAUGGGGAAUGUCCCCUCGCUCAAGUCAAGUUGUGAGGCCAUACAUGGAGCUCAAAGAUGACCAAUGCAAUGAACAGAGGAGCAUGGAGGAAAUAGAGGUGGCCAAACAGCUCACGUUCUGGCCGGAUUCUUGUCAGGCGUCUCCCUCUGGCCUGGGCUUGGUGGCGAAACCCUCGAAUCUCAACUGUCUGAAAAGCUGCUACCCGGAUCCCAGAGCAGUGGAGUGUCCGUUUCUGCAGAACUUUGGCGCAGUGGGCGCUCAUCUACACAAUGGAGAGGGGGGACCAGCAUCACAGGGCAGUCCAUACAUACCCUUCAACCAAUCAGGGGAGGACUCUGAUAGUUUUGACACAGAGGGGGACAGUGAGUCUUACAGCAGUGAACGAGUGUAUGAGAUGGCGCUGCCGCUCUCUGUGGAUCAGAUCGUGUCUCUAAGCAGGAAUGACUUCCAGCAGAUGCUGAAGCAGCAGUGCUUCACACGGGAGCAGCUUGACGUUGUGCAUGACAUCCGCAGAAGGAGCAAAAACCGGAUUGCAGCCCGUCGCUGCCGCAAGCGGAAACUUGACUGCAUACACAAUCUGGAGUGUGAAAUCGAGAAACUGAGGAGUGAGCGAGAGAAGCUGACCGUUGAAAGGAUAAAGCUUAAUCAGAUGAAGAUGAAGGCUUGGCAGAGUUACUCAGGCCUGUAUGAGACGGUCUGUUCCGAAGCCGCUCUCAGACCCGAGCAGCUUCAGGUGCUGGCCAAAUAUUCCUCUCCAGACUGCCCGCUGUCCGCCUUCCUGUGCCCCUCCCCAGACCUUUCUCAGAGUCCUGAGGCACACCAGCCCCAGGCUUCAGACUUCUGCACACACACUUGUUGCUCUGGAGCCAAACCACCAGUUAGUUCCUCAGUGGAAAAUACUGUUGCACAAUCAAGCUCACAGAACCUGUUACCUCUUGGAGUCGUAGAAGCUCAAUCACACACCUGUCCACCUGACGCCUCGGCAUUUGAGCACAAGUGAGUGUAGUUCAAUGGUGAAACUCGCCACUGAUCUUCUCAUCAGCAAUCAUGAAACAGACAAAUUGCAAAAUUAAAUGUGUUGGUUGAAGGAAGGACCAUCGAAAAUCCGUGAAGGACUUUAAUUACACUCUAAAGGUGCAUUUAACAAACGUGACAACACUACUGUCCUAUUGUAGGUUGUACAUUUUAUUUUAGUUUUUUACUUGAACUCUUUAAGCUUUAGCAUUCAGUUUGUAUUGGUCAGUGUUCAAUGAAGUAUUCCUUUACCUAAAACGAUCAUUUAUAGUCUUAACACACAUGUCCCCGAACAUCCUCACAUGCUUAUGGAAUCAAUCAACCUCAAUUCGCAGGAUCAUUUUUGGACUCACAACACAACAAACCUCAUCUCACAGCUCAAUAAUAAUCUUUUUCUUCUCAGGGGACAUAAAGCUAUCGGACUACACUGUGCUGAAAUUUUUUUUGCUGAAACUGUGACACUCAUUUAAAGUCUCGAAACUUUAGAUUAUUGAAUCUGGGAAUCAAACGGUUCAGGUGUUCAGAACUGCACAUACUGUAGUUUCACUAAUGUUGAUUUUGUGUCAUUUAAAAUAUGUGGGGGGGUUUUGUCCAUCAGUUGUGGCAGCAGGGAAAUCUAUUUGCAAGCAAAAAUGGUUUCAUUGUAUAUGCUGCCUUAAAUAAAAAGUCUGAUAAUUUUUCUUUUUAAAUUUAA